UGUAGAAAACAUGUCUAAUCAGACGCACACACUCGAUAAGGCCCUGCCCUUUUGUUGCUAGGGUGAUGUUGAGUUAUUCCAGUCUAAACACAUGCCUUCUUAAACCUCGCCCAUUUACCCAGGCUUCUGAAAGCUACCUACGUUCACUUGUUAACAGAAAGUGAAACAAAAUCAGAGUGAUGAACUAGUAAACGGCGAAAGAUGAACAGUAAUGGAAAAGGUUCAGCCCUCUGCUGGCCAAACCCAGCGACUGCGGCUCUUCGAGGCUUUCUCUGAAAGAUCCGAUAAAGGGGUGGAGCCUGGGCGAGAGCUGAGCGUCCGAUUGGCCGAUGGUAGAACAGUGAAGGGAUUGGCAGGGUUUACAACGCCGUUACAGAUUGCUAAAGAUUCAAGAAUUAAAGGAGCAGUAGUGAGCAGAGUGAGCGGGGAAUUAUGGGAAUUAUCUCGUCCCCUAGAGGCCGACUGUGAACUGCACCUGCUUACCUUCGAUUCUGCAGAGGGAAAACAGGUGGUAUGGCGUACAGGAGCAUGUGUAUUAGCAAGUGUAAUGGAAACACAUUUUGGUGCUCAGGUGUGUAGAGAGGGAGCUUCAGAUACCGGACUGUACUGUGAUUACAGACUCGAUAACAGCUCUUUGUGUCUAGAUGAAGUUGAGAGGAAGUGUGUAGAAGUUUCAGCAUUAAAACUCCCCAUCAGCACCUCAAAACUCAACCUAAACCAACUCCAACAACUCUUCCAGGAUGAUGAUGUGAGGUUGCAGUGUGUUGAGGAGAUGAUGCUGGGGGAUUCACUUGGUGUGUUCAGGUGCGGAGGGUAUAUAGGGGUGUGUUCUGGUCCUCUUCUCCCUCACACUGGGUUCCUGCGCUCCUUCAAAAUGUUGCAGGUUUCUCCUGUAACUCUAUCAUCCAAUCCUGAAGCAGCUGGAGUGCUGAGGAUUAUGGGAGUUUCAUUUCCAGGAGAAAAAGAAAAAGAACGAUGGGAGCAUGAACAAGAGGAGGCAAGAAAACGAGACCACAGACGCAUCGGCAAGGAUCAAGAGCUGUUCUUCUUUAAUGAUGUGAGUCCAGGUAGCUGCUUCUUCCUGCCUAAAGGAGCUCACAUUUACAACACCCUGACUGAUUUUAUAAAGAGCGAGUACAGGAGGCGAGGAUUCUGUGAGGUUGUGACCCCAACCUUAUACAGCACAUCGCUAUGGCAACGUUCAGGUCACUGGGAGCACUACAGUGAGAACAUGUUUACGGUGACGUGCGAGCCUCACACCUUCGCCCUCAAGCCCAUGAACUGCCCCGCCCACUGUGUGAUGUUUGAGCAGAGAGUGCGUUCGUGGCGUGAAUUGCCGAUUCGCUGGGCUGAUUUUGGUGCACUGCACCGCAAUGAGCACUCGGGGGCACUGGGGGGCUUAACCAGGGUACGACGCUUCUGCCAGGAUGAUGCACAUAUCUUCUGCGCACCUGAACAGUUAGAAGAAGAGAUCACGGCCUGUUUGGAUUUCGUGAGGAGCGUCUAUCGUGUUUUCGGUUUCACGUUCCACUGCUUGCUCUCCACUCGCCCCGCUCAGUUUCUGGGAGACUCUGCCCUCUGGGACACAGCAGAGCAGCAGUUGAAAAAGAGUCUGGAUCUGUUUGGAGAAGCCUGGGAGCUGAACCCUGGUGAUGGAGCAUUUUAUGGUCCAAAGAUUGACAUCCAGAUCAGAGAUGCCAUCGGUCGACAGCACCAGUGCGCCACAAUCCAGCUGGACUUCCAGCUGCCGAUCAGAUUUAACCUGGAGUAUGUGGGGGCUGAUGGGCGAAGGUACAGGCCGGUGAUGGUACACAGAGCGGUGUUGGGCUCUCUGGAGAGGAUGAUUGCAAUUCUGGCUGAGAACUUUGGUGGAAAAUGGCCGUUCUGGCUCUCACCGGCACAGCUCAUGGUUUUGCCAGUAGGAAUUGAAUGUGAACCAUACAGCCGAAAUGUGGUCCAGAAAUUAAAAGAGGCAGGCUUUAUGGCUGACAUUGAUGGUGACCAUGGUUCCACUUUAAAUAAGAAGAUUCGCUCAGCACAGCUUUCCCAGUACAACUACAUAUUUGUGGUUGGAGAGAAGGAGAGACAGAGCGGGACGGUGAGUGUACGUACGAGAGGAGGAAAGCAACUAGGUCAAAGGUCAUUGGCAGAUGUGAUGACAUCACUUACAGAGCUCCAAGACAGCCGCAGCAACCAGGAUGAGAUAUGAACCACACACACACACACACACACACACACACACACACACACACACCCACACACCCACUUAGUCAUAACAACCCAGCCAAGGUUAAUCACACAUUACACACACACACAGCUGGAUGUACGAAGGCAACAAGGCAGUCUGCACUCACACUGCAUCUGAUAUUACCAUUCUAUUAAUUAAAGCCGUAGCUUAUCAUACACUGAGCCUGGUGAAUUCUUCUAAUAAGCACUUGUAAUCCCGCAUGUUGGUAGCCCAGUGCUUAGAGCCUUGGGCUAUCAAUUGAAUGAUUGUGGGUUUGAAUCCUGGCUUUUCCAUGCAGCCACUGUUGGGCCAGUGGGCAAGACCCUUAACCCUGCCUGCUUCCGGGGUGCUGUGCACUGGCUGACCCUGCGCUCUGACCCCAGCUUCCAAACAAGCUGGAAUAUGUGGAAAAAGAAUUGCAUUGUACUGUACUCAUGUAUAUGUAUAUAUAAAAAUAAAUGCAUUCUUUUACCAGAAUAGUUCGCAAAUGUUCUGCACAUAAUUCAAAUGUUUGACCAUAAUCUGGAGAUAUUUUAAUGUGUGCAGCCUUUUUUAUCAGGGUCUUCUGCUGCACCACCUGGGGGAACUUCAAGUACCACAAGCUCUCGUACCACAGCUGGAGAACCUAAAACAUUUACAUAUACAGUCAUUAUAAACAUCCUAUACAUGUCUACACAACCAGCAUCACACACAUACAAUCGGGUGUAUAAACACACACUUGAUGGGUUUCUUGUCAGUAAACACAACAGACGCUUCAUGAUGCUGCAGCAGGACUGAGCUGUACUGAUUGGUGGAGUGGAUAAAGACACACUGUUCCAUGUUCUUGCUUUUAAAUCUGAUAUUUAUAAUAAAAUCAUGACUUUUCUAAA